AAGAAAUGCUUGCCACACCAGCACUUCAAGUUCGAACGGUGAAAUCGUACGAUCGUUAAUUCCCACGAUCCCGUUGGAUACAUUGAAAUUAUUGUGUGUUUAUCAAGGUCGUUAGACAACUCGAGACACUUGACAAUCAUGCUAAAAUACGCCGUACUCUUCACUACUGUGUUUUGCUUGGUGCAGUCGCAACGACCAUGGCACGCCGGCACUAACAACAACCGUCUGCCUCAGGUUCUACCACAAUAUAUAGAUGAAAGAAUAGCGGCGGAACAAGCAGCGCAAGCAGCCCAAACAGGCCAAGCAAAUCUUGCAGGCCAACCAGGCCAACCAGAUCAAACAGGCCAAUUCGGCCAACCAGGUCAAACAGGCCAAUUCGGCCAGCCAGGUCAAACAGGCCAAUUCGGUCAACCAGGUCAAACAGGCCAAUUCGACCAAGCAGGUCAAGUUGGCUUAGCAAAUCAACCUGGCCAAGUCGGCGUAACAAAUCAACCAGGCCAAUUCGGCCAAGCAGGACAAAUCGGCCAAGGAGUCCAAACGAAUCAAGGAACUCCAGCAGCUGGAGCGAAUGGCGUAGUUGACGAAUCGUUGCUUGGAAAUCGAAUCGGCGCCGGAGACGCAAAUGCAGCGGCUGCACCGGCUUUUAGCCCGACCACUCAGAGAAUCCCGUUCGAUCUGCCGAUCGACGCUCACGGUGACAUCGAUUUGGUGAACAGGAUCAUGACUUGGCCGAGAGACAAGCAGCCUUUCUGGUUUAUCAACUGGCAGGCGAUCCAGGCCCAUCGCGGUGACGUGAACAAUACCGCCCAGCCGGCUGAGACGCAGCCGAAUUCGCGAUCGUUCUUCGCGGGUUAAGAAAGCGGAUAAUUUCUAAAUUCGGACACCGACAAGACUGUAAAUUUAAGCAUUUGUUUUUAGCCGUAGAAUAAGGACGCGAUCGUCGAUAUUUAUGGCCGCUGACGACAGCGGUUAUUCCUAGUCAAAGUCUGGAGAAAUAUGCGAAGUCACAUUUUGAAAGUCGUCACACAAAUUAUCAUAUCGAUCCGGUUUCUCGAUAAUAGAAGAGAGAGUUAAACGUGAUCGAAGCAUUGUGCGAGUUCGCUGAAUAUAAAAUCGUUUAAUUUUUGUAUGAAAAAAAAUAGAAAAUUUUGAGAAUAUGUAAUAAAUUCUAAUAUUUUUAAAAACAA